GGUGGACGUUCAUUUUCAAGUUAAACCACUUUCAAAUGUUCUAGAGUGUAUAAUUUCUUCAGUAUUCAUUUCAACCAGCAUUUUCUCACACACAAAGCAUUUAGUACAUACAGUCUGUGUUACCCAUUGUGUGCUCUUCACCAACUGAGAUAUUUCUCAGAACCUUCACUCAAUGCUGCCUUUUUUGUCUUUCUGUGAACUGAGUCAUCCUUCUUCAAUGAAAACCUUUUCAACGCAACAAUGCACAACACAGGCUCACCCAGCCAAACCACUAAGAUCUCUCUAUCUACAUGUAAAGAUUGCUUUGUUUUUUUUUUUCCACAACAGCUACAGUUUCUUCCACAGCUUCUUUUCUUGGUGUUGCAACACCAAAAAUGGGAUUUUCCCCUCUCUUAACCAUGUCAGACACUUACAAGCUGGAAACUUAAAAUGUGUUGGUAUUGUUAUUCAUAAUUUUUAAUAUUAAAUGAAUCAUCUUUAUAAAUCCAGGAUAAAUGUAUUUGUUAACCUUUUUUUCUGUUAGAAAUAUUGAAUAAAGUUCAGAUCUCAUAAAAUAUUUCUCUUCCAGCAUUUUUGUGCCAUAACCCACGGUUGCCAUCACCUUCAGCCUACAGUCUGUUUUCUUCACUGAAGUCAACAAACAACCAAUAAUGUGGGAGCUUUCAGAGGUCAAAGACAAUUUGGAAAUUCCUGUUUUUAUUUCCGAUUGCAACAUCCAUCAUGUUCUUUGCACCGCCAUCAGUUCGAUUCUUAAUUGGACUCAUUCCAAUGGACAAGUGCACUCUGGAAAGUGUAGAGAUGCUGACCUCAGGUCUCGAAAUGAUGUGCAAACAUGCACUUCCUGGAAGGCUCCCAUCAUCUGGGAGGGAAUGUUUACUCCCAGUCAUUACGACCAGAUACACAGAAACAAAGGAUCCUCUGUUGCCUUGACUGUGUUUGCAGUUGGCAGGUACCUGGACGCCUACCUGGAGACCUUCCUGAACUCAUCAGAGCAACACUUCAUGUCGAGUUUGCCCGUGACAUACUACGUGUUUACGGACUCGCCUGAGUUGGUGCCGAACAUCAAGCUUGCCCCCAAUCGGCACCUGAAAGUAAUCGAAGUGGAGAGGCACACGCGGUGGCAGGACAUCUCCAUGAUGAGGAUGAAGGCGAUAUCAGACGUCAUCGAGUCGGAUAUCCGCCACCACGCCACGCACGUCUUCUGCUUUGACGUCGAUCAGGUGUUCACCGGCAGAUUUGGCCCCGAAGCUCUGGGAGACUCGGUGGCUCUGCUUCACGCCCACUACUAUCACCUCCCAAGGAUGCUGUUCACCUACGACCACAACCCGAAAUCCAAGGCGUUCAUGAAAACUGGGGAUUUCUACUACCACGCUGCCAUCUUCGGAGGCUCCUGGAGGAGCGUGAAGGCGCUGACGGAGGCCUGCUACCGCAGCAUCAUGGCGGAUAAGGAGAACGAAGUGGAGGCCUUGUGGCACGACGAGAGUCAUUUGAACAAGUACUUUUGGCUUCACAAGCCCAGCAGGGUUCUCUCUCCAGAGUACUGCUGGGACACCAGCAUCGGCUACAGGAGCGACAUACAGGUGUACCGGCUGCUGUGGGCACCCAAAGACUACUAUAACCUGAGGACGUCAUAGAUUAACACUCUCAUUUGUUUU